AUGCGUAACGCCGCUGUACCCACCACCUCUGCCUCACCACCUCUGCCUCACCGACCCUGCCUCACCGACCCUGCCUCACCAACCCUCCCUCACCACCUCUGCCUCACCGACCCUCCCUCACCGACCCUCCCUCACCGACCCUCCCUCACCGACCCUGCCUCACCACCUCUGCCUCACCACCUCUGCCUCACCACCUCUGCCUCACCAUCUCUGCCUCACCAUCUCUGCCUCACCAUCUCUGCCUCACCGACCCCGCCACACCGCAACAAGCCGUCUGCUGCGGGAUACACGCUCUUGAAUAUCUUGGCCCUUGCUAAAACAAUCUCCCUCCCCCAUACGUUUGACCCCUCCUCGCUCCCCCUGGUGGUGGAGUCAUGCUGCGCGGGCUGGCAACACAGUAGAGAGAAGCCAGCGGGGGGCCCCUACCUGUCAGACCCCCCCCCCUCACCCCCCGCUGUGACCGGGGCUUGGCUACUGUGCCUGGCUCGCUGCUAUCUUCCGCACAGGAGCAGAAAUAUGUGUGUCCUCGGUGUGGAGCUGUCUUUACAAAGGACAGAAGGUCACGGGACAUACGGUUAG